CUUGAAUCUCCUUAUUGCUGGAUGGGAUCUGCAUCUUUUAAGGAUCCCAAGUGUCACUUCAGAAUGUCCCUUUCUCGAGCGUACUUGGGCAUGCAGUGCUUUUGGGGAGAGUCGGCCUUUGCUAAGCUCAAAGGUGUGAAGAAAACCCGCGUUGGCUAUGCUGGUGGAACAACACCUGACCCAACGUACAGAAAAAUCGGCGAUCACACUGAGGUGACAGAAGUGCAGUUCGAUCCUUCGCUGAUCUCUUAUCGACAGGUGUUGGACUUUUUCUGGUCACACCAUAAUCCUGCUGAGCACAGAAAGAAGCAGUAUCAAUCGGCAAUCCUAUACGAAGACGAUGAGCAAAAGAAAGAUGCUAUGCAAACCUAUGAUGACGCUAAGAAGAAAUAUGGCAAUAUCGAGACGUACGUUGUGAAGUUGGAUAAAUUUUAUCAAGCCGAAGAUUAUCAUCAAAAAUACUGGUUGCGAUGCAGUCGCAUCUUUGACGAGUUAAAUCUCAGCGAUGCCCAGGUAGUCGACACUACUCUGGCUGCGAAGAUGAACGCCUACUGCGCUGGAUAUACGGACUUCUCGGAACUUGAAGAGUUGAAGAAGCAGCAUGGAUUGUCGGAGAGCCUCGUGGAGAGGGUGAAGAAGCUCGCUUCUUCAGGCGGUGAUCCAAGAGCCUGCCACUGAGCCUCGAACCUUGUGGCUCAUUUUACCUUAUAGUACUUUCUACCUCUACGGUAUCUGUACAGAUUGACUAGAAUGUUUUAUUCCUUGAUAUAUCUCGAGUUAUCUGAUUGUAAUUAAUUAUAUACAGAUUGAUAAGUGAAAACUCCAUAAAAUGUAAC